CGUUGCCCCUAACCCAGCUUUUCCCCUAUUUCUCCUCACCACCCCUUUGCACCCCAGCUGCUGGGUUUCCCCCCACAGCCCCUAACCCAUUUUCUCCUGUUUCCCAGUCUCCCAGUGCCUGGUCAGGAUCGAGCUCUGGGGCGGUGCUGGCUCUGUCCAAGGGCUCUCUGACCCCACAGCCUUUCCCAUGGCGGAGCGGCCGCCCCCCCCUCGCCUGCUGCGCUGGGCCCCCUCCCUGGAGACCCUCAGUGAUCGGGGGGGUGAUCCUAUUCCCACACCCCCCCAGGGGCUGCUGCUGCCCUGUGCUGCAGGACCUUCGGUGCGGCUCUGGCGACGCUGCUACCUGCGGGGUCUGCCUGAGGCACAGCAUGGCCGCCUGGCCCCCUGCCCGGCCCUACUGGUGGAGGAGCUGGCUCUGCUGCAGGACCGGCUCCAUGCAUGGCUGCAGGAUGGGGCCCAUGCCGAGCCCGCCAGCAGCCCCUUGGCACCCUCACGGUGAGGGGUCUCAGGGGGCCCUGGGGGUGGGAACCCCCCUGAGGGGACACACGCUGCAGGGAUGGACUCGUCCCUCGUUGUCCCUCCAGUCUGGGGGUUGUGGAGGGACGCAGCCCCCCAGGUGCUGGCUCAGCUGCUGCCUUUCGCUCUGCGCUGGGGCCACGGCUCUUUGGGGCCUGAGAUUUUUUUGGGGGACCACCAUUUUUUGGGCCCUGGGGCUUUUUGGGGACCAUGGCUCUUUGGGGCCUGAAGAUUUGGGAGCUUACGGCUUUUUGGGGUCCACAGCUCUUUAUUGCCUGUGUUUUAUUGGGCAGGCUGGGGCCUUCUGGGGACCACAGCUUUUUGGGGCCUGUGGUCCGUCAGUGCCUGGGGCUUUUGGGGGCUCCCAGGGGCCCGUAGCUUUUUGAGCCCUGUGGCUUUUUGGAGCCCGGAGCUUCAUGGGGCCCGCAGCUCUAUGGGGCCGCACCCCUCACUGGAGGCCCCACAGCAGCGCUGGGUUCCCCUCUUCCACGGCUCAGAGGGGAUCAGCGCCGUGGGGCGGAGGGUUCUGACCCCUCCUCGGGCUGCGCCCACAGCACAACGCGGGAGCCGCGGCCUCACGGCGCGGCUGGAGGGGGGGAGGCUGGGCCUUGUCAGCGGUGUUUGUAUUUGCCUAUUAAAGCACAGCGUUCUGCAGGCAACGGCGUGUGGCUGCCAUUGGAGGAGCAUGCCGAGGGGAGAGGGGGGCGACACCCGAGGAAUGUCGCGGGUUGUCGAGGCGCCGCGGGGGAUAUCGCGACAGAAGGGGAGGGGUGCGGUAG